AUGUUCAAGAUGUUUACGAUUGCCGCUUUGGAGCGUGCUGCUGCACUAUUCCCUUUGCAAUCCAAUCCUAGCUCGAACCCAACCUUAACCCAACCCGAUCUCGCAACUCAAGCGAGUCAAGAGCUCACGGACAACACCACUCUCUUAUCAUCCAACCGAAAUGACCAUCGUUCUCAUAUGAGUAACUUUAUAAAUGACGGCAUUGUCACCUCGACAGCUUCAGACAUCAACACCUCAAACAUCAAUACCCUUACUCCAGACACACCCAUUUCUAAAGAUCACAUGUUGACUAUGUCCUCGAGCGAAUUGCGAUGCCUUGCCAAGAAGAAUGCGAGUCGUGGUAUCAACAAGGACCAAAUGGAGAAAUUAAUCACAUUUCAUGAAACUCAACAACACGCGCUCGCCAUGAUGGCAGUGGAGAUUGGAGUAUCCGUUUCUGCCAUUGAAGCGACUUGGGGUAAACGUAUCGCAGUGCGGAUGGCAACAGCAUGGAACCGAUAUCUACAAACACCCAAUGCCAAGGCUUUGUUUAAAAUGUAUGGAGGCCUCGCCAACGGUAUCGCGAUGGGUCAGCUUUCCGACAUGUGGAAAGCCAUGUCUUUGGAAGAGAGGGCGGCUUUCAAAGCCCCAAUACCAGAUGUCGAGCUUGACUUCGGUGAGAAGGUUAUCAGCAACAAGCGAGCUCGCCAGAUCGUUCAACCUCGCACAAUGGUCAAGAGCAACCCCACAUCCUUACAAAAAUCAGAACAACGGGUCCAAUCAUAUUUGACUGAUCUCAUUGCCCAGGCAACUCCCAUCGCAGCGUCAUGCAACUGCGAGUUCGUUUUCUUUGCUGUCUCAAAACAUCUGGCUGCUCAUAGCUUUCAAAUUCGGGUUGUCACACCCGGAGCGCAGCAUGGUGUUGAACUCAUCACCGAAACAGCCGGAACCCAAGAGUUUGGCGCUCAACUCCAAGGAUACGUCACUGGUAAUACUACCGAAGCAAUCGAAGCAAAGAGACACUGUGGAGGCAACUCUAAAGCCGUCAGGAAAGAGGUAUCUGCCAGGCUUGGUCGCCUUGUAUCCGAACAGACCAGCACAGCGCUAAGUAAUUGGCCAUGGACAGAUGCCGACUCCGUCCUUGCAACUUUUGGUCUUCGGGUUGUUAUAACCAGACCAGAGAGCCAACUGGACAUCAACUGUCUUAAAAGACCAUGUGCUCGGCUCAGUGGACCAGAAAGCCAACUAAUCAACUAUGAACUCGAUCAUGGUGGCAUCGAGUUUCUACAAAUCCAAUCCGAUUCCGUAGAAGAAGCAAGCAUUGAGCAAACUCAAUGAAAGUCGAACAUACACUGAAUGCCAAAUAUACAAGUGCAGAUUUUUUUACCAAUUCUUUAUCCCAUUUCUUCAUUUCAUUAAUCGGCUAUCCAAAGCCUCUUGUACAUACAUGAAUACAAGUUGUGAAAGUCAACCCUCGCCAAAGAUAGCUAAGGAUAGGAUAAGUUAUCUAUACAUCAGCAAGACUUGAAAUGAAAGUUGAAAUGGUACUUGAAACAAAUUUUGCCAUGGAUUACC